AUGGACGGUGGCCACGGGGUUGUUGGGGCCGCGGCAGUCAGUCCAACCGCCAGCGUGCGGCCUGGGACCAGCGGCAGCUUCAACAAGAGGAAGAGGAGCAAUGCCGAGUUCGAGAGCAGCCCGGGCACAGGCGGAGAGGAGGUUGACGACGAGGGCGAGCGGAGGAGGCAGCCCGGCGUCAAAAGAGCUUGCAAUGAAUGCCGGCAGCAGAAACUGCGUUGCGAUGUGGUUCAGGAUCCCUUUACGACAUGUUCGCGGUGCAACCGACUGAAGCUGGAGUGUAAAAUCGAGUCCAAUUUCAAGCGUAUUGGAAAACGAAGCAAGCAUGCCGAGAUGGAGAAGCAAAUCGAACACCUCCGGCAGAACCUACAUCGAGCCCGAACGCAGGGAUUUGUUAUCGAGGAUGACGAGGAUCUGCAGUCGCCAAUUGCCAACGGCAUCUAUUCAAGAAAUAACCAUUCAUACAUAGGGUCAGAGGAGGCGGUCUCGUCUUUGCUGCAUCUUAAACAGGGAGGGUCCUACCCCCCAAAGUUUGCGAGGGAGAUUGGGAAUGUAGGCUUGACGGAUGACGCUAUCAGCCAUCUCUUCAAUGAGUUCUGGUGCUGCUAUCAUCCGUAUCUUCCAUUCUUGGAUCCCUCCCAGUCGCCCGACCAGUACUAUCAACAGCAUCCACUUCUCUUCUGGGUCAUCAUUACAGUUGCAUCUCGCCGUUACACAUCAGAUCCGGGGCUGUUGACUUCCUUAUCCGGCCCUCUGACACAGCUACUCUGGAGUGCUAUCGGCGAAGUCCCCAACAAUCAUUAUGUGGUCAAGGCAUUGUGUAUUUUAUGCACAUGGCCGCUGCCAACAAGCACAACAUCCACUGAUCCAACUCACAUUCUUGGCGGCGUUAUGAUGAAGGCUGCCACUGGGAUUGGCCUUCACCGCCCGAACCACACGCAAGACUUCUCAAGAGUGUCCGUUGAUCUCAAUAGAGAGCAGCUACAUGAUCGGGUCACCACGUGGGCAGUGUGCAAUAUUGUGGCUCAAAGCAUAGGCACGGGAUAUGGUCAACCGGCUUCAUCAUUAUAUGACUGGACACUUGCAGUUAGACCGGGAGAGGACGGUCCCUUCACCCUGCCGCCAGAACUCGAAGCCCGGCUUCAAAUUGAACGUUUCUGUGACAAGGUCUCGAAAGAGAUGUAUAGCAACGCAAGCGACCCUCGAGGAGUAGCGGGCGAUGAGCUCAGAGUAAUGCUAACUAGAGUUUAUCGACGAGAAUUUGGCGAGCUUCAAGCCUCAAUCCUCUCCAGACAAGAUCUCUCUCCAAUCAUCAACCUCCACCUCAAGGCUGCCGGUCUUCAUCUUCGUCUAUCUGCGUUCUUCGAUUCAAGCACAACCCAAGGCUAUAUGGAUGACCUCAUGGGAUUAUGGCGAUCCGCACUUGCUUUCUUGGAUCUUGUCUUUGACCUUGAAUCAACCUCGGUCGAGGGGAUGAAUGGGGGAAUUCUCCGCUUUGCAACAAAUUACAUCCUACAGAUGAUUAUCGCAGCCUGUUUUACGCUUCUCAAGCUACUCAGCUCCUUCUUUGCCAGGGAGAUCGAUUUUGAGCGGGGACGACAGCUCUUCCAUCGCACUAUCCAAGCCAUCAGAAGCAUGAGCGUCAUCAACAAUGACUUGCCCUGGAGACUGGCGGAGCUCAUGGUCCAGAUGUGGAACGGUGCUCGGAUCGAAUCCCGGAGCGCGGCCCAGAAUGGCAACGUUAACCAAGAACGAACAGUUAUUGACGAUAGCCUCCAAUUGAAGGUUCGGUGCCGGAUGAGCAUGAGUCUGGUUUUUGACUCCAUCUGGCGAUGGCGGGAAGAAUUCCAGGCCCAGGGACGAGGUAAUCUUGAAGGUCAGCCCAUCAAUUCAUCUGCCUCACAUCCAUCCCAUUCCUCCACCCGCCCUGAGAAAUCAAUGCUAACGCCGUCUCUCAUAGCAGCCAUGAAAAACCCGACCAACCCUGACAGCGCAGCCGAAUCCUCGGCCUCUUCAACCCACCAAAUGGACAGCACACUCAUGCCAGCGUCCCACCAAAUUCAGAACCAGCUCCUAGCUGCCGUGGCGGGGUCCAGUACCGGUACCGGUACUCCAAAUCAUGCCCUCCCAUCUAGCAGCAUUAUGAGCGGCAAUAAUAUCGGCUACAGCGAGAGCAACUAUGAGGUCUUUGACCCGCUUAAUUGGAUGCUCGAUGGACUUGUUGAUUUCCCGUACUCGUACGCAGCAGUUCAGGGGCUUGAGACAAAUGUAUUGGGUUGA